AUAGAAAAGAUUCUUUCUUUGAAAGUUUUAGUGCAAUAGAAUAUUUUCUUGAGGUACAUACUGUUCAGAUUUCUUUUCUUCCUUCCUUUUGUAUUGAAAGAUUGGAGAAGUAGUUAGCUUUACAAAGAAUUAAGAUGAGGUGGUUAUUGGUGUUGGGAGUGGUUGUUUUUUCAGUCAUGUGUGGAUUUGUUAUGAGCAAAGAAUGUACUAACACUCCUUCAAAGCUGUCAUCACACACUGUGAGAUAUGAGUUGUUCUCAUCAAAGAAUGAAACAUGGAGAGAAGAAAUGUUUAGUCACUACCACUUGACCCCAACAGAUGAUUCUGCUUGGUCUAGCUUGCUUCCAAGGAAGGUGCUGAAGGAGGGAGAUAGUUUUGAUUGGAUGAUGAUGUAUAAGAAGAUAAAGAGUUAUGGGGGUGGAGCUGGUGGGGGGUUUCUUAAUGAGAUUUCACUUCAUGAUGUGAGGCUUCACCCCAACUCAGUGCAUGGAAGGGCUCAACAGACAAACUUGGAGUACUUGCUGAUGCUGGAUGUUGAUAGGCUGGUAUGGAGCUUCAGGAAGACAGCUGGUUUGGAUACUCCUGGGGAGACUUAUGGAGGGUGGGAGGAUUCUACUGUGGAGCUGCGGGGUCAUUUUGUAGGGCAUUACCUUAGUGCAUCAGCACAACUGUGGGCAAGUACACACAAUGCCACUCUCAAAAAUCAAAUGUCUGCUGUUGUUACUGCACUAUCUACCUGUCAAAAUAAAAUCGGAUCAGGUUACUUAUCUGCUUUUCCAUCCGAAUUGUUUGACCGUUUUGAAGCUAUAAAACCUGUAUGGGCACCGUACUACACUAUUCACAAGAUUUUGGCUGGUCUCUUGGAUCAGUACAUUUUUGCUAGUAAUUCUCAAGCUUUGAACAUGACAAAAUGGAUGGUUGAUUACUUUUAUGAUCGUGUACAAAACGUGAUCUCAAGAUAUACGAUUGAAAGACACUGGCUAUCUUUAAAUGAAGAAACGGGUGGGAUGAACGAUGUUCUUUAUAGGCUGUACAGCAUUACGGCUGAUCCAAAACACUUAAUGUUGGCUCACCUUUUUGACAAACCAUGUUUUCUGGGGUUACUAGCAAUAAAGGCUGAUAGCUUAUCGGGGUUUCAUGCAAACACGCAUAUCCCAGUUGUGAUUGGAUCUCAAAUGCGUUAUGAAAUAACCGGUGAUCCAAUUUAUAAGGAAAUCGGGACGUAUUUUAUGGAGAUAGUCAAUAGUUCACAUGCUUAUGCCACCGGGGGGACAUCAGUCAGUGAGCUGUGGUCUGAUCCGAAGAGAUUGGCAAGCACGCUCAAGACUGAGAAUGAGGAAUCGUGUACAACCUAUAACAUGCUGAAGGUGUCUAGACACCUGUUCAGAUGGACGAAAGAGAUGGCUUAUGCUGAUUAUUAUGAGAGGGCGUUAACAAAUGGGGUUCUUAGCAUUCAGAGAGGAACAGAGCCUGGAGUAAUGAUUUAUAUGUUGCCCCUACAACCCGGUGGUUCCAAGGCCAAAAGUUACCAUGGUUGGGGUACCAAAUUUGAUUCUUUCUGGUGUUGCUAUGGGACAGGAAUUGAAUCAUUUUCCAAGUUGGGGGAUUCUAUAUACUUUGAAGAGCAAGGAAAAGUUCCAGGACUCUACAUCAUCCAGUACAUACCUAGCUCCAUUGAUUGGAAAUCUGGUCACAUUAUGCUUAACCAGAUCAUAGAUCCAGUUAGUUCACAGGAUAAUCGUCUGCGUGUAACCAUAACCGUAACAAUGCAGCAGUCAUCUAGUCUACCAUCUACAUUAAAUUUGAGGAUACCAACAUGGACAUAUGCAAGCAGUGCAAAAGCAUUGCUUAAUGGACAAGCUCUAUCUCUUCCACCACCAGGCAACUUCCUAUCGAUUACCAGAAGUUGGACCUCUAAUGACAAAAUUACCCUUGAGCUACCUAUGAGUCUUAGAACUGAGGCCAUUAAAGAUGAUCGGCCAGAAUAUGCUUCUAUUCAGGCAGUCCUUUAUGGUCCAUACCUACUAGCUGGUCUUUCCAGUGGUGAUUGGGACAUUAAAGCUACAUCACCAUCAGUUUCUCCUUCAACAUGGAUAUACCCCAUCCCAACUGACAAUUCUGUUCUGGUCUCUCUAACCCAAGAAUCCGGGAACGACUCUUUCAUCGUAACAAACUCAAACCAGACCAUUAAUAUGAAACCAUACCCCAAAUCCGGAACAGAUUCUGCAGCAAGAGCUACAUUUAGGCUCUUUUCAAAAGUCACGUCUAACAAGAAGCUUUCAUUACCAAUAGAUCUCAUAGGGAGAGUCGUCAGGCUAGAGGCAUUCGACUGUCCAGGAAUGGUAGUGAAACAAGGGGAAGAGAAAAGCUUGGUAGUUGAGAAUUAUUCCUCAUCGGACGAAAGCGCCACCACUUCUGACUUUCUUUUAACUGAGGGAUUAGAUGGGAAAAACGGGACGGUGUCAUUGGAGUCCGUAUCCCAGAAAGGUUGUUAUUUUUAUAGUGGUGCCGAUUAUGGGCUCGGUUUAGGUGUCAAGCUGAGGUGCAUGGAUGAGUCCUCACCAGAUGCUGGGUUUAAACAUGCUUCAAGCUUUAAACUGGAAACUGGGAUGAGUGAGUAUCAUCCCAUCAGCUUUGUGGCCAAAGGAACAAAUAGAAAUUUUCUUUUGGUUCCAUUACAUAGUUUGAGGGAUGAAUCUUAUACCGUUUACUUUAACAUCACCUUUUGAGGGAUGGAAGAAUGUUGCUCUUUGUCUGUGUAUGAGAGCACGUACUCUAUAAUUUAAUGUUCUAUUAUAUAUUGCACAAAAAUGUGAUUUAAAAACUUUUAGUAACUAUUAACUAAUGAUGUAUAAAUUUUACAUCAAAGUGACUAUAAAAAGUGUACUCAUAGGUAAUUUUAGAACUUUUUGUUCACAA